CCAGCCGCUGGUUCUAGUUUUGUUUUCACCGUUUAUGACGAAACGAAAGUGAAAGGAACCUGAAGCCGAACCUCCUCCUCCUCCUCCUGCUGCUGGGCUGGUUCCGUCAGUCUGACUCUGGACCUGAACCAUGGAGGACUCCGAGUGUCCGGCCGUGACCGUGGAAGGCGACUGGAGCCCGGCCCAGAGUAAAACCGUCCGGAACAAACUGCAGCUCUACUUCCAGAGCAAGAAGAAGUCCAGCGGAGGAGACUGCCGGGUGGAGGUGGAGGAGGAGGCCGCCAGAGCCUCCGUCUUCUUCCGAGCGGAGGAGGUCAGAGAUCAGGUUCUGGCGAAGACGGACCAUGAAAUCACGGUGGAGGGUCGACGUGUUCGGCUCCGGCUCGGUUCUGGACCCGCUCAGAUCCAGAACAACAGCAGCAGCAACGGCUCAGAUCCAGCUGCAGAUUCCAAGAACAAAGAACCAGAACCAGAGGAAGGAGCUGCUGCAGCAAGAGGUUCUGAGUCGGAGCCGGUCGGUGCCGUGGUUCUGGAGAACGUCUCGGAGAACCUGAACAAAGAUUAUCUACAGAUGCUGGUGGAAACCAUCUCUGGUCUGGAGGAGAGCAACUUCAGUCUGGAGAUGAUCUGGGAAUCCAACCUGGCCGUGGUGAACUUCAGCGUUCCCACAGAUGUGGAAAAGUUCAUAUCAGUGAGUCAGAAAAACUCCAAGAUGAAGAAACACGGACUGACGGCGCGGCCACUAGGGGCAGCAAAGAGCGUCCGCAUGGAGAGUCUUCCUCCGUCUGUCCUCAAAGACAUGAUUGAGUUGUGGUUUGAGAGGAACUGGGAACUUCCUGAGGACGUGGUGAUGAUCCCAGAGGAGCAGGCGGCCAUCGUCACCUUCAGGGACCCAAAAGUUGUUCAAAGCAUCUGCGUUAAAGAAGACCAUGUGAUGCGCUCCAUCCCUGUCAAGCUGUAUUCGUACCACGAGUCUCUGGGAACCGCCCUGUACGGCCCGGCCCGGCCGGCCUGGAAGAUGCCGGAGCCCGUCACCCAGAAGGUUCUGCGAGUGAUCUGGAAAUUCCUCCUAUUCAAGAAAAUGCUGAAAAGCAUCAACAAUCAGAUGCAGCCGCAUUUCUGCAGCGUAGAUUUGGACCAGCCCGAGGUGAAGCUCCGCCCCCUGCCCAGUUUUCUGAGGCAGAAAGGUCUGACUGCGAAAGACGUAGACAACUGGGCGGAGGCAGCAAAGGACGCCUUCUGCAAACUCCUGGCCCAGUACUCGGCCUUCGAAUGCGACGCGAACACAGAGGCGUGGAAAGCUGCCGAGAAGGAAGUCCUCUCAGUGGUGAAGGAAGACGCCUUAGUGGAGUUCGAUCCUUCCAGAGAGGUUGUGACGGUCGCCGGCAGAGCCGACGAUAUAAAGAGAAUCCGAGCUCCUGUAGAAAACAUCCUUCUGAAAUUAAUGAGUCGCAUUGAACGGCAGACCAAAGGCGUCACUGAGGGCCUGGACUUUUCUCCUGCGUAUUUCCACAUCCUGACGGAGGAAGGGCUGCAGAAAGCUGCCUCUGACGUUUCUCCUGAGCUGGAGCUGUCGUUCAACGAAGCCACUGGGAGGUUGACCAUCACGGGACUCCCUGCUGAAGUUUACCAGAUCAAAUCCUGGAUCUUAGAGAAAAAUCUGAACAUGAAGAAGAAACAUCUGAAUGUCCCUGCAGGCCUCCUGGAGUACCUCCAGCAGGUGGAUCCCAUGGUCAUGUCAAAGAGCUUGUUCACGUUGCAAGGCAUCAGCGCCAUCUACUGCACCGAAACCAGAGGCGUCUUCUUACUGGGGAGCUCUGACCGAGCCCUGGCCGACGCUGAGAGUAAGAUGAAGAAAGAUUUGUUGGUGCAGAGUCUGGAUGUGAAAGAUCAGGAAGUUUUGAACCGUCAGAACUGGAAAGACCUGACAGGAGAACUGUUGGACACCUACAACUCCUCCAACAACCAAACGGUCAUCAUCCUGAUCCACCCGGAGAGGAGAGACAAAGUAACGGUAGCCGGUUUCACCAAUCCUGUCAAAGAGGUGAGCGCCAGUCUGAGGGACUUCAUCCAGAACUACUCACGGGUUCAGGAGGCCCUUCGGGUCGAGUCCUGUGCCGUCGCUCAGUUCAUUCAGAAGAACAGACACCAAGUUUGGUCAAGAAUCGCCAGCGACAACAACGUGUCUGUGACCUUUGACCCAGAAAGACCAAAGAUCGUCAUCAGUGGGGCUCGUCUUCAUGCCCACAAAGCGAAAUCCGUCCUUCAACAACUGGCCGCUGAUCUCUUUGCUGACACCUUAACUGUGGAUAAACCUGGAGCGAAGAAGUACUUCCUGUCCCAAGGAAGCAUAUUCCUGCCUCCAGUGAUGUCAGAGUUCAGCUGUGUGGUGAUGCUUCAGCCAGAGAUUCAGGAUAAUGAAGAGGAGGAGGAGGAAGGCAGCGUUGAAGACCAGUGUUACUGCAAGGUGCGCACGGCCAGCGGAGUUCUGGUUUCCGUCAGCAGGGCGGAUAUCUGCAGCUUUAAGGUCGACACUGUGGUCAACGCACUAGGAACUGGAUCAAAAAUCCUUGCAGCGCCCCCUGCAGCUCAGACAUCAGCAUUUAAAUGUGCUGUUCUUAAAUGCAGAAACUCUUCUUUACAAGUUGGAUCUUUCUUCUCUUCUCGUUUCAAAGCUGAGCUGAAGAGCUGUUCUGAUCUCUGUCUGCAGACGGACGGCAUCGUGAACACGGUGGCAGAGAACAUGAACCUGAGCCAGGGCGCCGUGUCGUCGGCCAUCUUGGAGGCGGCGGGUGAGAACCUGCAGCUGGCCGUCCUGGCUGAGGCCGGCGUGUCGGCGCUGCAGGCCGGAGACGUGGUCGUCACUGACGCUUACAACCUCAGCUGUCAGAAAGUCCUCCAUGCUGUUUGCCCAAACUGGGACAACGGCGGCGGUGAGGCGGAGAAGGGGUUGGCAGACGUCAUCACUUCCUGUCUGAAGGAGGCUGAGAAGCUGCGGCUGACCUCCCUGUCCUUCCCGGCCAUCGGAACCGGGAACCUGAGGUUCCCCAGGCAGGUGGUGGCCAGAGUUCUGCUGAGGCAGAUCCAGCUGUUCAGCCGGCGGGUUUCUCCCCGCCACCUGAAGGACGUGGUCAUCGUGGUUCACCACAGCGACCGGCAAACCACCGAGUGUUUCACCAGAGAGUUCAGCGGUCAGACGGGGAACGUCCAGCAUGGAGGAGACGGUUCUGACCGGAACGGGUCUGCCGCUCAGACGCUGCCCAGCCGGACACAGCAGACCUCCACGUCCUUCAGCUCGGUCUCGUCCCCGUCCCUCGGCGUCUACCGGAUGCAGAUGGGUCAACUCGCCCUGGAGGUGUCGUCAGGAGACAUCACCAAGGAGACCUGUGAUGUCAUCGUCAACUCAUCCAAUCAGAACUUCAACCUUCAAGCAGGCGUUUCCAAGGCGAUCUUGGACAACGCCGGUCCAAGCGUUCUGUCGGAGUGUGCACAGAUCGUGACUUCUCCAGGCUACAUGCCUCGUUCCAUGAUCAUGACCUCAGGCGGUCAGCUUCCCUCCAGCAACAUCAUCCACAUCGUCGGCCAGAACGACGCUGCUAAGAUCAAGGAAAUGGUUCAGGGAGUCCUGCAGGUCUGCGAGGAGAAGAAGUUCAGAUCGGUCGCCUUCCCAGCUCUGGGAACAGGUCAGGGCGGUGUCAGUCCAUCGGCGGUGGCCGACGCCAUGGUCGGUGCAGUGGUGGACUUCGUGAGGAAGAAACACCCAAAGUUUGUUUGCAGCGUGAAGAUCCUAAUUUUUCAGACAGCCAUGAUUGCUGAAUUUCACAACAGCAUGAAAAAGAGGCAAGGACAAGAUUUGGCGGAGAAGAGCGUCUUCAACAAAUUUAUAGAUUCAGUUUCUUCAUUCCUUGGACUUGGAGCGGAGCAGCAAAGCACUACUGACUUUUAUCUGGAGCGGCAGGAGUUUGAUCCCGCUGUGUUUCAGCUGUGUGCCGACAACCAAAGGAAUCUGAACACGGCUAAGAAGAGGAUCAGUGAGCUCAUUCUGACCGAGCAGGCCCAGAGAACCAUCAGGGACCAGUACAUCAACCAGUUCACUCAGGCUGACAUGGACGAGCUGAAGGCCCUGCAGAGGAAUCUGACGGUGAGCAUCCGUCUGGACAGAGGACAGGAAGACCAGGAGCCCCGGAUCCACCUGGAAGGUCUGACCAGGGACGUCCUGACGGCCGAGUCAGACAUCAGGAACAUCAUCCGGAAAGUGGAGAAAAGUGAGAAUCUGAAGGACAAAGCCAGGAUGGUGAGCAAACAGGUGGAGUGGAAGUUCCAGCACCAGGACGGAUCGAUGGUGUCCACUGACAUCCUCACCAACCUCCAGCUUGAAGAAGCUCUGGAGAAAAGUCAAACUGUGAAGAUCAAAAUCAAAAAUGAAACCUUCAGCGCUGAUCCAGUUCUUAGACGGGCCGUUUCCACUAGCGGACGGAAGCAGAUAGAGCUGAUGAGAAAUGAUUUGAGAACCCCUGACAAUCCUCUGCCUCAACACUGGGAGGACAUGAAGGGCAGCAUCUUGAAGCAGGUUCUCCUGACCGCUGGGUCCCAGGAAUACAACGACGUGUUGGCAGACGUUACAAAAAAUGGACUUUUUCUGAACAUCAUCCAGAUCGAGCGGAUCCAAAAUACGACGCUGUGGCAGAGCUACCAGCUCCUGAAGAAGCAGAUGGAGGUAAAGAACAAGCACACCAACAAUGAAAAGCUGCUGUAUCACGGCACCGGGGCCAACUCCAUCGACCUCAUCAACUCUAAGGGCUUCAACCGGAGCUACGCAGGAAUGCAUGGUGCUGCGUACGGUAAUGGCUCAUACUUUGCUGUGGACCCUGCGUAUUCAGCCGGGGGUUACGCUAAACCAGACCGUAAAGGUCACAAGCGCAUGUACCAGGCCCGGGUUCUGGUUGGAGACUACACCCGGGGAACAUCUGGCAUGAUUGCACCCCCCGCCAAAUCUGGCAAUGCUGCAGACCUGUAUGACACCGUCACUGACAGAGCUAAUAAUCCAACCAUGUUUAUUGUUUUCCAUGACAUUCAGGCAUAUCCAGAAUAUCUGAUCACAUUCACUUAAUGUUUUAGCUCUUUUGCAAAUAUUCUGAUCAACUUAACAUCUAACUAAAAUUCUUCUACUGUAGAUCAAAACCACUGGAACCUAUUGUUAUAAAUUACUGAAAGAGUGGGUGUAAUUUUCUUCAGCUCAAAAUAAAGAUGGAAAUUGUUCA